CUCGAAACAAGAACCGAGAAAAAAAAAACACAUAAUUCUGCCCAAAUUCAACCUUCCCAGUUUCUUUCUUCCUCACCUUCCCCAAUGCAUAAUCGAUCAGGAAACCCACUACCCCAUACAAAUUUGCCUGAAUUAAGUCAACCACACAAUCAAAAUGUUCCAGAUAUAAACUGUUUCUUCAGGGCGGUUUUGAAAUGGGGGAUGGGUAGAGAUGAAGAUGGCUCGGAAAAAUGGUUGUGUUUUUCCAGCAGAUGAAGGUGGAAAUGGUGGCGGUUCUUCACUGGACAAGAACCCAACUGGGUUUUGGAGAUGGAUGGUUAUAGAUGCUUCUGGGCAGGAGAAGAUUUUGGAGGCGGAUAAGUACUCGAUUAUUCGUCGAAUGCAAAUUCAUGCUCGUGAUUUCCGAAUUCUUGAUCCUCUUUUGUCCUACCCAUCAACGAUUCUUGUCCGUGAAAGGGUUAUUGUUCUUAAUUUGGAGCACAUCAAAGCUAUUAUCACACCUGAAGAGGUGUUUUUUCGAGCUCCAUUUGAUGAAAAUGUAGCUCCAGUUGUUGAAGAACUUCGAAGGCGAAUUCAAAGUGAGAGGGCAAUUGCAGAUAAAAGAGAAUCAUCAACCUUACAUGAGAGGGAAAUUGCAGAAGAAGAUGACUCGCCUUUCGAAUUUAAGGCCUUGGAGGUAGCAUUGGAGGCCGUAUGUAGUCACCUUAAUGCCCGCAGUACAGAAUUGGAGGCUGCUGUCUAUCCUGCUUUAGAUAUGCUUACAUCAAAGAUUAGCAGUAGAAACUUAGAAAGACUUCGUAAGCUGAAGAGUCAGAUGACUAGAUUGACUGCUCGGGUGCAGAAGGUGAGGGAUGAGAUUGAACAACUUUUAGAUGAUGAUGAUGAUAUGGCUGAUCUUUACUUGUCGAGAAGGAUAGUCAGUGAAAUUCCUGAAAUGAGUGGUUCGAGUGCUGUAAAUCAAUCUAUUUAUUCUCUCUCAGUGGAACCGAAAAUAUCUCGAGCUAGCAGGAUUAGUUUAGCCUCUUCAUAUGGUGAUGAGAAUGACGCCGAGGAAGUUGAGAUGUUACUUGAGGCUUAUUUCAUCCAAAUUGAUGGCACACUAGACAAGUUAGCUACGCUUCGUGAAUACAUUGACAGCACAGAGGAUUACAUUAACAUUCAGCUUGACAGCCAUCGCAAUCAGCUGAUUCAGCUAGAUUUCUUUCUAAGUACUGGAACUGUAAGCUUAACAAUCUUCGCAUUGGUAACUGGAAUAUUCGGGAUGAACAUACCUUAUACCUGGAAAACCGGCCACGGAUACCUGUUUAAAUGGGUAAUUUUGCUAACAGGCACCUUUUGUGUUUUCCUCUUCAUGUCUGUUGUUUCGUAUGCUCGUUAUAAAGGGCUUGUCGGAUCAUCAUGAGUGAGGUCACUUCUGGAUUCAUAUUGCAGAAUUCAAGAACUCCACUUCCCUAGCCACAUGUUCAGUCAUUGCAUGAUGAUGCAGAAGAGUACUUGAAAUUAGAAAAAGAUUAAAUAAACCAGAAUUUUUUAUGGGAUUAAGCAAAAUGCAUUUCAGGGACUUUGUCCCAACAAUUUUAGUGCAAAAAACAUUAUAUUGUGGCAGAUUUUAGUAGUAUAUUUUUAAAUACACGUGAAAUGAAAUUAUGAUACUAAAAAAUAAUAAUAUACAAAAUUCGCC